UAUCCCUCAACCUGCACCGACCCCUGUCUCGGCAUCAUCCCUCCAAACAACACCAGUUUAUAUUGCGACUACUGCAUCUGCAACAAUGCACUUCUCGGCCAAGUCAACUUCAACGCCACCGGUAACUGGACCGAGCUGUUCGAGGACUACGUCCCCUUGGACAGCCAAUGUCCCAAAGACUGGCUCUGCACCUGGGCCAACUGGACCCAGACCGGCUUCAACAGCACGGUUCUCUACCCGCCCAAUGAUGGCUUCAAGGGCUGUCCCAAAGCCGGUAGCCCCGGGGUCGGUAGCUACGUGGACCGCUUCGGGUCGGAAUAUGGCAGCUAUCUUGCUCCCGCGGGCGUGCCGUUCGCAGAGCGGUCCAUUCCUCCGGGUAAUCUGAAUAAGUACAAUGGUAGCACGCAGUACAAUUAUUGGAGGUUUGAGGUGAUCUGGGAGUUUGAUGCUCUGGAAGGGGAUAUCUUGCCGUGGUUUGGACAGCCCGGGGUGGGAAACAGUGGCUUGUGCAGGGAGGGCUGCGUCCGUUGGUGGAUAAUGGGACGCUGGUGCUCAGGGAGGCGUCGACUUAUAAUGGUCCUGAACAGGAUGCUUGGAGUAAUCUGA